UCAGGAGCUUUAAGCAGCUUAGCAGCAGGAUUCACAACCUCUUGGCUGCAUCCCUUAAUCAUGACUGCAUUUCAGACAGGUUGAAAGGAAUCUGAGCAGAUCAUGGGGAAUUCUUAUGCAGGGCAACUAAAAUCUGCCCGCUUUGAAGAGGCUCUUCAUAACUCCAUAGAAGCUUCUUUGAGAUGCAGCAGUGUUGUGCCACGGCCCAUCUUCUCACAGCUGUACCUGGAUCCUGACCAGCCUCCUUUCUUGCCGGAAGAUGUGAAACCAAAGGUGGAAGAGUUGGAUAAAGAGUUAGUUCAUCGCUAUUCACAAAAUGGAAGCCUGGACUUUCCAACCAACCAAGCUGUUAAUGAAAUGGAAGAUGAAGAGGAGGAUGAAGACAUGUCAGAUUCAAGUAGUCCACCAAUCCCAUAUUCACAAAAACCUGCCCCAGAAGGGUCUUGCACUACUGAUGGCUUUUGUCAAGCAGGCAAGGAUUUACGGUUAGUGUCUCUGUGCAUGGAGCAGAUUGAUAUCCCAGCUGGCUUUCUGCUGGUAGGAGCCAAGUCGCCAAACCUUCCUGAGCACAUUCUUGUCUGUGCUGUUGACAAGCGGUUUUUGCCAGAUGAUCAUGGAAAAAAUGCACUUUUAGGAUUUUCUGGGAAUUGUAUAGGCUGUGGAGAAAGAGGAUUUCGGUACUUCACAGAGUUUUCCAAUCACAUCAACCUGAAAUUAACCACUCAACCAAAGAAGCAGAAGCACUUAAAGUACUACCUAGUAAGAAGCUCCCAAGGUGUACUGUCAAAGGGACCCCUUAUUUGCUGGAAAGAAUGUAGGAGCAGGCAAUCCUCUGCUGCUAGCCACUCUGCCAAACCAAAUUCUUCGGUGUCACCGUCCACGACCCCGGAGGGUGGAUCAGCUAAUGGAUACAAAUCAGGGUUCACUCAGACAGAUUCUUCGGUAUUCAGUCCAGGAAAAUCAUCUUCUGCUGUUAACUUAAGUGGAACUCAAGACCCGUCGCGGAACAAGAACAUUGUGAAACCGCUGGCUUUGUCGGUACAGCUUGUAGGAAAGGCCUUUGCUGCAGCUCCCCUGUCACUGCGAGCCACCGACGUUGCUAAUGGAAACGCUAAUGGAGGCAGAAACAACACACUCAGUUCCACGCUCGCUCGGCCUGUGCCUCACUCAACGUCCCCGAGCCCCAGCAGUGCAGCUGGAGACCAAGCAUCCAUGUCUAGUUCUGGGCCACCAAAGAAGCGACACCGGGGAUGGUCUCCUGGGUCCCCAGUGCCUCCUCCUGGCUUAGUGGUACCUGUUCCUACGAUUCGGCCUUCGGCAAGAGCAGAGCCUCUUUUGUCAGUCCCAGUUCCUCAAUCCAUGUUAACUGGAAUUUUACAGCCUCAACCCAUCCCAGCAGGGGAGACUGUAAUAGUUCCUGAAAACCUGCUGAAUAACUCAGGAGUCAGACCAGUGAUUCUGAUAGGUUAUGGCACUUUACCUUACUUCUAUGGCAAUGUUGGUGACAUUGUUGUGAGCCCCUUGCUGGUGAAUUGUUACAAGAUUCCGCAGCUGGAGAACAAGGAUCUGGAUCUCCUGGGCUUGACCAGCAGCCAGCUGUUAAGUGUGGAGAAUAUGAUACUUUUAACUAUUCAGUAUCUUGUCCAACUAGGUCCUGACCAGAUCCCCCUGAGGGAAGAAUUUGAGCAGAUCAUGUUGAAGGCCAUGCAGGAGUUCACGCUGCGCGAGCGCUCCGUGCAGACGAGUGCCCAGUGUGGCGCCGUGGCCCCAGGCCAGCUCCCGUGGCUCGCGAGGUUGAUCGCCAGCGUGUCCCGAGACCUGGUGCACGUGGUGGUCACCCAGAACUCCCUGGCAGAGGGCAUCUCGGAAACUUUGAGAUCUCUCAAUGAAAUGAAGCAUCAGCAAAAGCUGCCCGAUUAUGUUGUUGCCAUUUGUGCCUCAAAGAUCAGAGGAAAUGAAUUCUGUGUCGUAGUCCUAGGCCAGUACCAGUCGAGAGCGCUUGCGGAAAGCAUGCUCACAACCAGCGAGUUCUUAAAAGAGAUCAGUUACGAGCUCAUCACAGGGAAAGUUAGUUUCCUGGCAUCGCAUUUCAAAAAUACAUCUUUAGGUGAUGAUUUGGACAAGCUGCUAGAGAAAAUGCUACAGCAGCGAGGAGAAAGUGUCAUCAUUCCUUUUAAUGGAGAUGUUAGUGAGUGUGUGUCGUCUCAGGAGGCAAUUGCCAUGGUUUCUACACAAGAACCAG